AUCCUGUCUCCUUAGCCUAAAGGCUCAUUUUUCACCAACCACCUUCCACUAACUCGCAAACCCAUCAAGCCCUCUCAAAACACCUAUGUCCGACAAACACACACACCCAGAUCUCCGCCACCUCAUGGCCAACGAACCCAACUUUCCGGCCACCGCACAAACCCUAGACUCCUUCUUCCACCACCACACUCACCUGAUACGUGGCUUCUCUCCACCGCCACCACCCAAGUUCCAGCCUAUCCCGCUCGUCCUAGCCGAUCCCGCUACUUUUCCCAACGGGCAGCUUCACUUUGGCUGUUCCGAUAACUCCACAACAACUGCAGGCGGCGGUGGCGCCGCAUCGUCCGCUCCAUUUUCUCGGCGGAAUAAGGCCGUGGAUGGUGAAUGGCGUCCCUAUGGAAACGACGCCGUUGGGGUAAGUAAUGGAGCUAACAGUAGAUGGCCAAGACAGGAAACUCUCACUCUUCUUGAGAUCAGAUCUCGUCUUGAUCCCAAGUUUAAAGAGAGUAAUCAGAAAGGUCCUCUUUGGGAUCAGGUUUCUAGGAUGAUGGCGGAGGAAUACGGGUACAAAAGAAGCGGGAGAAAAUGCAAAGAGAAGUUCGACAAUUUAUACAAAUACUACAAGAAAACAAAGGAAGGUAAAACGGGGAGGCACGACGGGAAGCACUACAGAUUCUUCCGGCAACUCGAAGCCAUUUACGGCGACGGUAACCACCAAUUAUCAUCCCCCAUUACCGGUGGAGAGAAUCCCGUAGAAGCGGGCGGAAUAAGCCAAAGCUUUUCGAUGUCGUCUGAUUUCGAAACGUCGUCGUCGGGGAACUACCACGACGACGACCUGUCGGCCAUAGCGUUUAUGAUGAAUCAUAGGAGGGUGGAGAAAGGGAGAGAAGACGACAUGUCGAAAGGGGAGGGUGUGGGGUGGAGAGAGGAGGUAGAGAGAAUGGUGGAUUCGAAGGUGAGGAGAUUAAUGGAAGUGCAGGAGAAUUGGAUGGAGAAGAUUAUAGCGAGCGUUGAAGAUGGUGAAAAGGAGAGAAUUGUUAAAGAGGAAGAAUGGAGGAAGAAAGAGGUGGCUAGGUUUGACCGUGAAAUGCUUGAGUUUUGUGCGAGGGAGAGAGCCUCGGUUCGAACUCGAGAAGCUGCUUUCAUGGAGAUUAUCAACAAAUUUUCUGGUAAAGGAUAAUGAUUGGAGCGAUGCAAUCCUAGUUAAAUUAUGCAUCAAAAACUAUAUUUACAAUUUCUAAAACUAUAAAAUCAUUGAAUAAUUUAUUUUUUUCAAUAGAAGCAUUUUUCUGAUGUA